GAGGCGAUGGGAGGAGUACAAUGGCGCUUCCCGUGUUGAGGAGUUGUUGCGCCAGGCCUCCCACGUUACUGACCCGUAUCCUUAGACCAGAGCGAAGUGUGUUGGUCCGGCCCGCGAACAGAAAUCUGACUCCCGUGCCCCCGGUCCUGUCCUCGGGCAGACUGUUCAGUUCACAUCGGGAUGGAGAGUCGAAAAAGCAGACGCAGAAGGUGGUUGUGGUGGGCAUCCCUAACCCUUUCAUUUGGUUCCGAACACGAAUAUACUACUUCUUGAUCCGGGCAUAUUUUGACAAGGAGUUUAAUAUCGAGGAGUUUACGGAUGGAGCGAAACAGGCCUUUUCCCAUGUCUCCCAGCUCCUUUCUCGAUCUCAGUUUGAGGCUCUUGAUGGUCUGGUGGCCAAGGAUCUAAUUGGCAAACUGGAGGAGAAAUGUAACAAUCUCCCUCCAGGCCACCGGGAGGCACUGUCUGCAGAGCCAGAUGAAAUCAUGUACACCACACCAGGGGAUGUGGGGAUCUACUAUGAUGACAGUGGUAAGAACAGUCGGAAGUUUGUCAGCAUUCUCAUGCGGUUCUGGUACUUAACAAGCGCUAAGCUGCCUGAAGACUCUCUUGAAGGCACCCGUGUCUUCCAGGUAGCCAUAGGUGGAGAAGGGGAAGCAGAGACCAAGAGACUGCUUACCGCCAAUUAUGAGUUCCAGAGGGAAUUCACCAAGGGGGUGCCGCCAGACUGGACCAUUACCAGGAUAGAGCACUCAAAGUUGCUGGACUGAGGGACGGUGUGGUGCUCGGGCAGAGAUGAACCCACAGUAAAGACUGACAACACAGGGACAAUUUGGGACCCUGUUCCCUUUUUUGUACCCUCACUAAGCUGACCCCCCCUGCCGGAGGUGCUUAAAAACUUCCUCAAGAACUGGGUGCCACAAAACGCAUUUAAAGACUGAAGAUAGCCUGACCAGCAAUGAUAAGAGGGAUUGUGGUGGAAGAUUGAGAUACAAGUGCCAUUUUGCACUAUAGUAGGGACAGGAAUAUGGUAUGGUUAUGACAUGAGAGAUGAGUUCAAAGGUCUGCUGUUUCUGGGAACUGACCAAUCAGUGGCAUCAAUAGUCUAUACACACACGCACAUACACACACAGCGUUGUAUUCGUAUUAAAAUGACUGAUUCCAAAUAAACAAGAUGGAGUCAAUGAUGCCUGGUGCCAGGAUUUGUCUAGUACAGGUGGUUAACAAAUCAUAUACUUUAUGAAAUCCAACAAAUGGUUCUCUAAGCCACUACUGGAGCGUUUAUAUGUCGUUCAGUGAAUAUGUUUUAUUGUGUGGCUGAAUGUGUGCUUUUGCUUGUGACCGGCAGACAGGACAAUGGUAUGUUGUAUUUGUCAUGGUAUUUUUCCUGCGUCAAAAGUGUGUGUGUGUGUGUGUGUCUACAGGGAAGGCAUGCUCAGUGUCUCCAAGAUUGGGAUCAUGCCAGCCUAUCUGUCUGUAUUCGGCUGCUGAACUGUCUGAAUAGAGUCCCUUUCUUACUAUUAACCAUUAAACAAAAAU